GAAAGCAACGUUGACUCUAACUCCUUUCUCUAACUUCACGAUCUCGCUUUCAGAUGGACUUUGUGUGUGCAUAUCAUAACAGACGAUCAACGCAACUGAUCAUUUUCUAUAGUUUGACGAUCAUGAUGGCAUGGCAGGUGGCCCAGGGGGUCUUUUCGCUCAGUUUGCCCAAGGAUUUGGGGUUCCUAUGGGCUCUCGUAACCGGCCAAAUCCUCGGUCGUAUAGUGUGUACUUGAAGGCCUACAGUGUCGCGAUGCUUCCUGGCCGGGAGCGAGAGAAUCUCUCCUACGGAGGAAAGAUUAUUAUGCCUCCAUCAGCUCUCGCACACUUGACCCACCUCGAUCUCGAGGGACCUUGGAUGUUUCAGCUCACAAACGCGACCAAUCCGGCCGCAUCCACGCAUGCAGGUGUACUCGAGUUUAUCGCUGAAGAGGGCAUAGUCCACCUUCCGUACUGGAUGAUGAAGACGUUGCGUCUCAAUGAAGGCGACCCAAUUCGCAUAACUGGUGCUGAACUACCGAAGGGCAAGUUCGUCAAGCUACAGGCACAAUCUACACAUUUCCUUGAAAUAUCAGAUCCAAAAGCUGUGCUCGAGCAAUCCCUGCGAAACUUCACUGCGCUCACUCAAGGUGAUAUAGUUGAAAUAUACUACAACUCAAUCAUCUUCGGCUUUCUUGUGAUGGAGACAACACCCGGUGGAGGUGGCAUCAACGUGCUAGAUACUGACCUAGAGGUCGACUUUGCUCCCCCGGUCGGUUACGUAGAGCCUGAGCGUCCGAAACCCGCCCCGCCUUCCACUAUGGCAUCCAAAUUGAAGAUCGACCUCAAUUCAUCGAGUCCCGGUUCCUCGCGACCAUCAUCAUCACUAGGUGGUGGUUUUGUUGCUCCUAGUGGAACGGCUGUAAGCAAAGGCGGCGAUCAUUGGGAGAGUUUCAAGGGCAAGGGAGAAACUCUCGCUGGUCGGAAGACGAAAGGCAAGGGCAUCAGUCAUCGGGGAGUCGAAGCAGUAGGCGGAGAUAGUAAGAUCAUCAGGACUGACCAACAGAAGAUAAUCAACAACAGUUCCACUGAGGCAGAAGUCAAGGUUCCCGCCGCACUCAAUCUUCCAUUUGGGAAGCUGUUCUUUGGCUUUAAUGUCGUCCCAUACACCCCACCGGAACCCAAGGCUCCUUCCUCUCCUUCCGCUCCUCCCCCUUCGGCUCCCUCUUUCUCAGGUUCGGGUAGUACCCUCACAGGCCGGCCAAUAACAUCACCCCCAGAUGCGAAAGGGAAGGAGAAGGAGAAUGCAUCUGCAAAGUCGCAACCGAGCGAGAAGUCUUGGGGGGCUGGCAAUACGUUAGGUUCCUCCCGGUCUACCCACAUUCCACCUAGCUUCCGUGGGCGUGAUCUUGGUGCUGCUGGAGGUGGUCCACUUACCCGGCAAACAAAAGCACAACCAAAGCGACGUAGUCCGACGCCGGAUUGGGGUGUGGACGACGACGACAUGAUUGACAUUGACUGUGAUUGAAUUGAUGGUGGUUGUAAGUUAGUUAAUUCCACAAGGUGGAGAAGGUCAGAGGAUGGUUCGUUUGUAGAGGAUAAGUUGUACGUAGAUACUCGGGCGAUGUAUAAUUCAUGAAAGUGAGCAGAUCGACAGGCCUGGGCUAACGUCACAACAUGACAACCCCGACACCCUUUCCUGGCUCUACAUCGCCAACGGCUGAAACGCCUGCCAGAGGCGCUGCUCUCCAGUUGUACAAGUAGAAGUUCAGGAGACCAUCCCCGGCGCCGAA